GCAAACUUGACAGUGUUGGCUGGCUAGCUGAGGAUAUAUACUUUGUUGGGAAUGCACUCAAAAACACAGACACGCUGAGGGCUCGAAGCCUGCUUGUCCAUCAUCAGGACUUUGUCUUUGCUUGCAGCAGAAGCAGCCAGCUCUCAACAACACAACAACAUUGGGAGACGGCGAACAGCAUGUAUGCAUUGGUAACAACAUCAUAACGGUAUUUCUGCAGUGGCACGUCAACUGGGUCUUCAAAUUCACUUGACUUAUAACGUUAACUAGAGAGCUAUAAUAAUCAUAACUGGCAACAGUAUUGAUUGGUCGCCAAACAUAGUCAGCCAGCUUUGCAAGCUAACAACCACGAAACAAGACAAGUCACAUUUUCUUCACCCCUUCCCAGUGGCACUCACGCGCAUAGCUACACUGCCUCCCGCUUCUGUCUCACCUGCCGGGCCCGUUGUACCGCGUCUGCAAAGGCAUCUUUUUUUAUUCCACCACCGUUACCGAUAGCUAGAUGUCCGCCGAGAGGAGCUCCAGCCCCGGGUGCGGGUACCGAGCUGUACUCCGACAUAUUUGCGGAGGGGAGAGAGAAGAAAAUACGAAAGUUAAAGUGGUGUUUAGGCCAGGACAGACUGCGCAGGAGCGGGAAGUCAGACGAUCAAAUAUUCCGGGAGAGGAACGCAACCGGAGAUGGAGCACUGAGAGCGGGAACAAGGUCAGUGAAAUUAUGGCUGGUGUCGUUGCUAUGGCAUCUGCCAUUGAAGAUUUUGAAACUCCGCCAUGCAAGAGAUCAUGCAAAGAUGCCCAUGCUCCUCCUGUCAAGAUGAUCACAAACUACUUUUCCCCUGUGCCCAAGCCCAUGGAGAAACCAUUCUCCCCACCCAGGUCCAACAACAUCAUGGAUUACUUCAGCCGGAAGACCACACCAGUUAGAGAGAAAGGUAGUACCCCAGAGCAGACUAAGGAGAACCGCCUGGGGCCCCAGCCCUCUGAAUCACCAGCCAGCCUAGACAGCCCUGUGAGGCUGCCAGCCAAGCCCCGUCAGAAACAGGGCAGGAAGCCCAGCAAAGUUGCCCGGCAGUUACAGGAGACUGAUGCUGAUGCAGGUUCCACUGAGAUAGAGGAGUGUGUGGUCUUAGAGGGGCCAGGAGAUGGUGAGGGGUCAGAGGGCAAUGUAGUCAGCAGCAGCUGUGGCUUCCUGGGUAGUGACACAGCUGCCCUGCUGGCCCAGUUCAGUGCUGAUGCUGGCAUGGCUGGAGACACCUGUGGUAAGAAUGACCCUGGCGCGGCAUGUCCUGAGAAGGCUCAAAAAGACAAUCAUCCCAAGGUGUACUCUAAAAAAAGGGCUCAUCUGAAGAAAAAGGAAAGUUGUGACGGUUCUCCUAAAAUUCCUAGAAAAGACAAGGUGACUGUCAGUAAGCCUAAAGCCAAGCAGCAGGAGGAUAAGGAAACAGAGGAGUAUGUGCCCGAGGUCCAGGAGGCUGAGCUCUCUUUGUGUGAUGCAAGCUUAGAGGUGAACGUGGGUGAGGCGUCUCAGUUGAACAGGAGCACCGUCACCAUCUCCUUUGAGGACUUCCUGCAGACUCAGGGCCAGGGAGAGGAGAAAGUGGGAGAGAAAAGCAGAGUCAACCCGGAGCCAGAAGACAUGUUGGAUGUACCCAAAGCCAAAGAGCUUUGUCCCCUGCAGAUAUCUCCUCGAACCCUCACCAUCCAAGCUGAGGUGCACACCAUUUCCCCCGGCCACGAGCCAGUCCUGGUUGCAGAGAAAAAGAUUGCCUCCAUCUUCUCCAGGGAAAAAGAGGGGAGCAUAGCACCUGUAGUGGUGAAGACUGCUUCCUUUCCUCAUCCCCAGUCUAGACUGGAGCUGCUGCCUGCCCCCAAAAGGAGGUCCAACGUGGUCCUGCAGGAGGAGGACCUGGAGCUCAGUAUCGUUGAGUCUGAAUCAUCCACUCCCAAGUGCAGCCAGACUGAGCGGAAGCAGUUCAUGAGUGCUUUCAAGCAGCCAGCCAAGCUCGGCAAGGGCCCUGGGAAGCAGCCUGUGGACAAGGCCUUGGGGGAGGCUGUGGAGGAGGAGAACCACUCUGCUGCUCCAACAGAGGAGCAGACAGGUAAAAAUGCAGCUAAGAAGAAACCGCAGAGACGAGGGAGGAAGAAGGCCUUGGAGCAGGAGUCAGUUCCCUCACCCGCGGCACAAGAAGACCAUGUUCCCAUGGAGACUGACGCUGUGGAGACUGAUUCUAAACCCAAAGGGGAGUCCAACACUGAGGUUCAACCUGAAGCAGAGCCCACCACCUCCACACCAACAACAGUCAGGAGGUCCACCAGAGAAGCCCCUUGCAGGCAGACACCUGUUGUUGAUCCAGUAACCCCAGUGAGGAAAACAAAAAAAGAAAGGGUGAAAGAUGUUGCAGCAGUCACCGUGGACUGCCCUGCCCAGAUGUCCACCCCGAAGUCAGACAAGUCCAGACACAGGGUGUUCAGAGCACAGAUGGUCUGUCCACCAGACAAGACAGGAAGUCCCAUCAGGAUGAAAUUUACCAGAGUCGUCUUCCUAAGCUCUGCAUCAAAGUCUGAGGGUGGAAGUGAUUUUGAAAUCCUAAGUCCCCUAGCUACUAAGGAAUCCAAUGCAUUGAAAAAGAGAGAAAAGGCAAAGAAGUUGGUGGAGAAAGCCCGGGAGAUACAGCAGAGUAAAAAGGCCUCAGCGGAUAAGGAGGGUCAGAGGUCUUUCCGACGCUCCACCCGGAGACAGGGCAAGAAGAGCUACAAUGAAGAUGAGGACUCAGUGGUUUGUGUGGAGGAUAGCCAGGAUGGCUCUGCUCCGACUGCCAAGGAGAAGGGAACAGCUCAGAAACGCAGUCUAAAUGAUGUAUUGGGGAAAAAAGCACCUGCCAGCAAGGAGGCCAAUAAUCCAGCAGUGGCUCCCAUGUUCCUUGGGAAAAAAGCACAGAGGACAUCAGUCAUAUCCAUCUUUGAUGAUCGCAGCCGUGAUGCUUCAGAGAACUCUCAGGAUGAUGAACAGUUCCGAGCCCGCAGAGAGUUCCUGAAGAGUGGCCUCCCAGAGUCCUUCAAGAAGCAGAUAGCCAAAACCGUUGCCACCAAUGAGGCCUACGCAGUCUCCUGCUCCUCCUUCCAGCCUGUAGUGCACGUGCUGCAGACGUCACAGGAGUGUCCUCUCUGGAGUCUUCCAUGGCCUGUUUCUCCUCGCUUACACUUCCUGAAGGAGCUUCGAUGUCUACCAUCAAACCAGCUUCCAUCCCUCGAUAGUUCCACUUGCUGUAAGACUGAGCCAGCAUCCAGAGCGCACACUGAAAGGAGGUCUGGCUGGCGAGAAGAUUUCUCUGAGCCCAUUCGUAAGCUCCUAAUGGAGGAGAUCAGUGCAUCCAACCCUCCGUUCCCCGUCCAGCGGUUUCUCACACGCUUCCUGAAGAGGCGGGCGGACCACCUCCAGGAAUGCACAGCUUCAGAGGCAGACCCCAGUACCAAACUCGCCAGCAGUGCCCCAGCAUCGACAGAGCCUGUGGGGGGAAAGAGGAAGAGAGUGGGUGAGGGGGCAGUGGGAAAUGUGGCCAAGAAGCAGAUGUCCAGGAGGUCGGAGAAGAAGAUCAUUGUGAUCGACGGGGACACCAUCUCCCCCGAACCUGAGCCACCCAGGAGGGGAAGGCGAGGGAGGAGGCGCAAGCAACAGGAGAACGAGGAGAUGAAAACACCAGUCCCCUCCCAAAAGGACCCUGUGGUACUCCUGGAGGACUGGCCACUGGCUAGCAACUCUGUCAAAGAUGACUCCGUAAAAGAGGAUGUGUUGUGGACAGAGAAGUACCAACCACAACACUCCAAUGACGUCAUAGGCAACACUGCCUCAGUGAGGAGGCUGCACAGUUGGCUGAGGGAAUGGAAGCUCAGAGCUGACAGGGAAGAGAGGAAGAAACAGAAGGAAAAGAAACAGGAGGAAAAGAAACAGGAUGACGACAGCAAUGACUCAUGGGACACUGAAGAUGGGGACUCUCAGGAGGGGGAAGACUUUAUGUGUAACACCCUGCUUAUCACUGGUCCCACGGGGGUCGGCAAGACCGCUGCCGUUUACGCCUGCGCCCAGGAACUCGGCUUUAAGGUGUUUGAGGUGAAUGCGUCGUCCCAGCGGAGCGGCCGUCAGAUCCUGUCCCAGCUGAGGGAGGCCACCCAGUCCCACCAGGUGGAUAUCCAGGUGGUCAACGCCCAUAAGCCGUGCUACUUCAGUAGCUCCACCGCCAGGCCUGGAUCCUCACCACGGAAAGUGUACUCUCCUCGAAGGGUGGUGUCCUCCCCCAGGAAGUCCCCCAUGGAGCCACGAGGGGAGGCCUGGCCCCCACCUCCCUGGCCAACUUCUUCAAAAUGGGCCGACCUGGUCCCACCAACAAGGAACCUGCCAGUGCCAGCCAAGACCAGAAGCAACCAACCGGUUAGAAUUAAUUCCUUGUCCUUCUUCCUCCCUAGCUUGAGGUUUCUGUCAGUCAGGUCUGUUCCCAAGAAGACCAGUAAAGCCAAGGAGAGUUCCAGUAAGACUGAAGAGCCUCAGAACAGACCAGCAGCAGCAGCCAUCACCAAGGACUCCAGUGAAGAGCAGAGCAAGAAGACAGCCACGUCACUCAUUCUCUUUGAGGAGGUGGAUGUCGUCUUUGAUGACGACUCUGGGUUCCUGGCUGCCAUCAAAACGUUCAUGACCACCACCAAGAGACCGGUGAUCCUCACCACCAGUGAUCCCACCUUCAGUACCAUGUUUGAUGGCUACUUUGAGGAGAUCCAUUUCAAACCCCCCUCAGUGGUGAAGGUGGGGAGCUACCUGCAGCUGCUGUGCCUGGCUGAGAACAUGCGUACGGACGCCCGCGACGUCUCCUCUCUGCUCCACCUGAACGGUUGUGACAUCCGCCAGAGCCUUCUGCACCUGCAGUUCUGGAGCCGUUCCACAGGGGGGCGGAAGCUAUCCCGUCCCCUCCCAGACUCAGCCCCCACAGUGACACAACUCCAGCCAAAGACAGAGGAAACUGCAGGUGGCUCUGUGGUGAGUGAGGGGGUGACUCCAGCAGGACCCCUGCCCCCCUGUGACACAGGCUGCACAGAGAGCAUGCUGGGGCUGCUGAACAUGGAGCCAGAGAGGGAAAUGCAGGAUCUGUUCAAGAGCCAGUCCACAGUGGAGCCAGGUUGCUGGGAGCUGCUGACCACCAGCAAGAGGAGAGGAAUGGACCUGCUCUACUCCAACAUGGAGGCCCUGCUUCCCCUACCCACCACACACCUCACUGUCACAACCCACAGGUGGCCACAGGAAGUGAGCAACCGGACACAGGAAGAGUCCAGCGCUGAUCCACAGGAAGUAGCCACUAGUAUGAAUAGUAUAAAGCCAGAGAUUGAUCCACCACUACCACCUCAGACUGAGGUUGAUCCACUGCCCCACCCCAGGCUCCAGCAGGUGGCAGAGGGGUCAGAGACAGACGGGAGCCCGGUGAAGGUGUCCUCUAGAAUGAAGAAGAAGAAGAAGCAGCUGGGUACCCGAGAGGACCUGGACCUCUUUCACUCAGACUCUGAUUCCGACGACGCCUUCCUCUCCCUCCACACUAAACCACCUCCCAACCCCCCUCAGACACAGACGGAAGGGGAGGACAGUCAGGACGAUUCUACCAGCAACAAGGUUGAACUAGAAUCUGUGAAGGCCAGAGAGGAAGAGGUAAAGGAGAAGGCCCCUCCCCCUGUGAGGAUGAGGGUGCCGCUCACCCCGGAGCAGAGGAUGAAGAGUGAGCCUGUGUCCCACUGCCUGGGCUCCCUGGCAGAGUUCCUCGACCACAUGUCCCUCCUGGACUCCUCCCUUUGCCACCACACCUCACCUGUAGGUGGUGCCAGAAACACACACAGGACAUUCGGCCUGAGAGCCGAGACUAAAGACGGGAUGAAUGACGAGCCAGGGGAGGAGUGCCAUGGAGGGAGCUGGGUAGAGGGGGAGAGAGCGGGGGAGAUCCAGGCUGCUGUGGAGGCUCUGAGCUUCCAGAGGUGCAGGGCUGGGGUGGAGGAGGCAUGGGGUAAAGCUCAGGGUCUAGAGGGGGAACUGGGGAAGGAGGCUGUGAACGAGCUCACACUCCCUGUGGCCCCGCACAGACAGGGCUUCAGACUCACCCAGGACAGCCCCUGUGAACCAAAAGUUCUCCAGAAGAGGAGGGAGGUGAUGGACAUUCUACCCAGCCGAGUGGCAGGGACGCUGGGUAACAGACCUGCUGCAGCCCUGGACUUCCUUCCCUUCCUACGGACCAUCUGCCGAUCAGAGACGCUCAAGGAGCAGUUCAAGGUUAAACGCAGGUUCCUCCACUACCUGGAUGCCAUUCACCUGGGCCUUCCCAAGAACACACUGCAAUACCUAGCAGAGGACUUCCCUUGAACUAGAGAGAAGGGCACUGGUGUUUCUCAAAGAGGGGGUUUAAGGAAAAUUCAGGUCGCCCAUUUUGAGGCUUGAUGACAGUAUGAAAGCAAUCAUUAGCUGGGUUAAUGUGAUCCUAACUUGAGUCAUAUUCAUUGGGUACCGAAUGGAAGAAAUCUGACACAAGGAGGAAGGGACUGACUACCUAAGCUUGUCCAAUUAGAAGGCUAGUUUUUUUUCCUUAUCCCAUUGCAAAACGCUUUGCUACGGUGUGCCCUAAUGAAUACGACCCCUCAAUUGCUACUAAAAGUCAAUGACCAGAAAUCUGCGGAUCAAUUCCCUCUUGGGACCUGGAGUGAGGUUCAUCAUGGAUCCCUUUAAAGAGUGCUGAAACACUAUUCACCUCUUCAAUAUGCAUUUGUACUGUAAUAUAAAAAUGGGAGUGUGUAAAUGUGUAUCAGUACAUUUUAUAGUUGUGGCUUUUACGAAGAUGUGCCUGUUUUUGUAUUCUGCUGUGCAUUUGGCAAAGUGUUUCAUGAACUAAUAAAUUCAAAUGUUAUAUGCUGAGA